CUCGAUCCUCCUCACUCCUCCUCGAUUGCUGAUUGCUAACCAUCUAUAGUGGCAACCCCGCAACAACGCAUACGCAACUCAUUCCACCCCCUGCCCAUACAUAUCUCGUUCACCUGAUCGAACUUUCAUAGAGAGAUCAGCCACGAGCAAAACCCGCAACCUAGACAAAGCGAGGUUCUCAACAAACCCACAAUCACAGCAUUACCCUUUCAGCCUACCUUCCGAAAACCUCAUCUACCUUCAAGAUGGCCGAUGCUUCGAUCCCUGAACCUCUCGCUACUCAGCCGGUAGUUCCUAACGCCAACGCUGAUGACACUGCCACUGCCAUUCUCCGACCGAAGAAGAGCCCCAACCGAUUGAUCGUCGAGGAAUCAAGUGCCGAUGACAACUCGGUGGCUACCCUCCAUCCCGCCACGAUGGACGUCUUGGGUCUUUUCCGAGGGGACACUAUCAUUGUUCGUGGGAAGAAGAGAAAGGAUACCGUCCUCAUUUGUCUUUCGUCUGACGAGGUCGACGAGGGCAAGAUCGCUUUGAAUAAGGUUGCCCGAAACAACUUGCGAGUCAAGCUCGGAGAUUUGGCCAACGUUCACGCUUGCAACGAUAUUAAGUACGGACAGAGGGUUCACAUCUUGCCUUUCGACGAUUCGAUCGAGGGUUUGACUGGAAACUUGUUCGAGGUCUACCUCAAGCCUUACUUCCUCGAAGCUUACCGACCCGUCAGGAAGGGAGACACCUUCCUCGUCCGAGGUGGUAUGCGAACCGUCGAGUUCAAGGUCGUUGAAACUGAUCCCGCCGAAUACUGUAUCGUCGCUCAAGACACCACCAUCUUCUGCGAGGGUGACCCUGUGAAGAGAGAGGACGAAGAGUCCAACUUGGCAGAUGUUGGAUACGAUGACAUUGGUGGAUGCAGGAAGCAGAUGGCCCAGAUUCGAGAAUUGGUCGAGCUCCCUUUGCGACACCCUCAACUUUUCAAGGCCAUCGGUAUCAAGCCUCCUCGAGGUAUCCUCAUGUUCGGACCUCCUGGAACAGGAAAGACCUUGAUGGCACGAGCUGUCGCCAACGAGACUGGAGCGUUCUUUUUCCUGAUUAACGGUCCCGAGAUCAUGUCCAAGAUGGCCGGAGAGUCGGAGAGCAACUUGCGAAAGGCCUUCGAAGAGGCCGAGAAGAACAGCCCGGCCAUCAUUUUCAUCGACGAGAUCGAUUCGAUCGCUCCCAAGCGUGAGAAGACCAACGGAGAAGUCGAGAGGCGUGUCGUCUCCCAGCUUUUGACGUUGAUGGACGGUUUAAAGGCCCGAUCCAACCUUGUCGUCAUGGCCGCUACCAACAGGCCCAACUCGAUUGACCCUGCUCUUCGACGAUUCGGCCGAUUUGACCGUGAAGUCGACAUCGGUAUUCCCGACCCAACUGGUCGUCUCGAGAUCUUGCGAAUUCACACCAAGAACAUGAAGCUCGGAGACGAUGUCGACCUCGAGCAGAUCGCCGCCGAUACCCAUGGUUACGUCGGUGCCGACAUGGCCGCUCUUUGUUCGGAAGCCGCCAUGCAGCAGAUCCGAGAGAAGAUGGACUUGAUCGAUUUGGACGAGGACACCAUCGAUGCCGAGGUCUUGGAUGCCCUUGGUGUCACCAUGGACAACUUCAGGUUCGCUCUCGGUACUUCGAACCCUUCGGCCCUCAGGGAGACCGUUGUCGAGGUACCCAACGUAUCGUGGGACGACAUCGGUGGUCUCGACAAGGUCAAGCAAGAGCUGCAGGAGACCGUGCAGUACCCCGUCGAGCACCCGGAGAAGUUCCUCAAAUACGGAAUGUCUCCCUCGCGAGGUGUCUUGUUCUACGGUCCUCCCGGUACCGGAAAGACUCUCUUGGCCAAGGCCGUCGCUACCGAGUGUCAAGCCAACUUUAUCUCCAUCAAGGGUCCCGAGUUGCUCUCGAUGUGGUUCGGUUCGAGUGAAGAGAACGUUCGAGAGAUCUUUGAUAAGGCUCGAGCUGCCGCUCCUUGUGUCCUGUUCUUCGAUGAGCUCGAUUCGAUAGGAGGAAAGCGUGGUGCCAGCUCGGGAGACGCUGGUGGUGCCGGAGACCGAGUUUUGAACCAGCUGUUGACCGAGAUGGACGGAGUCGGUACCAACAAGAACGUUUUCGUCAUUGGUGCCACCAACAGGCCUGACAACCUUGACCCCGCCUUGAUGCGACCGGGUCGACUGGACCAAUUGAUCAUGAUUCCCUUGCCCGACGAACCCAGUCGUCUCUCGAUCUUCAAGGCCGCUCUCCGAAAGUCGCCCGUCGCUCCCGAUGUUGACCUCGGCUACAUCGCCAAGGCGACUCCUGGAUUCUCUGGUGCCGAUUGUGUUGGUAUCGUGCAGAGGGCUUCUAAAUUGGCUAUCCGUCAAUCUAUCGAGUUUGACAUGAGGCGAGACCGGGAGCGUCGUGCUAGGGCCGAGGCCGCCGGCGAAGGAGCUAUGGACGAGGAAGAGACCGCCGAGGAGGUUGACGAGGUGCCGCACAUCACUAGGGCCCACUUCGAGGAGGCCUUUGGCUUUGCCCGAAGAUCCGUCUCGGACGCCGAGCUCAGGCGAUACGAGCAAUUUGCCGCCUCCAUGUCCGCUUCGAGGGGUGCGCAAGGCUCAAACUUCAAGUUCCCUGACGCCGAGAACGCUGGAGAGGCUGGCCAAGCUGGUGCUUUCGGCAACGAGGCCGACGAUGACGAUCUCUACGCUUAGACGAUAUUUGAAUAAAAGCUCGGAUCCCCUUACGAAUGAUGGGCGCGUUAGAUAGUCGCGAAAACCCUUGUCAAUUGGAAUGCAAUUUUAAUCAGCAGUUAUGAUCAUGUAUAUGCACACUGAG